AGGCUCCCGGGGUACGCCACCCACCAGCUGGGUGUUGCAGGUGCUGUUUUAGAUGAAAGCACUGGAAAGGUGUUGGUUGUACAAGACAGAAAUAGGACUCUAAAUGCGUGGAAAUUUCCAGGAGGUCUGUCUAAUCCAGGCGAAGACAUUGGAGACACAGCAGUUCGAGAGGUUUUCGAAGAGACUGGCAUUAAGUCAGAGUUCAAGUCCAUCCUAAGCGUAAGACAGCAACACAACCACCCCGGAGCCUUCGGCAAGUCGGAUAUGUACAUCAUCUGCCGCCUGGAGCCCUCCUCCUUCAACAUCAGCUUCUGCCAGCAGGAGUGCCUGAGGUGCGAAUGGAUGGACCUCGACGAGCUUGCUAGGACAAAACACGCUACUCCCAUCACCCGCAGCGUAGCUAAACUCUUACUUUACGGAUACCAGGAAGGGUUUGAUAAGAUUGAUAUUACCAUGAGAGAGUUUCCAGCUGUCUACACAGGCCUGUUCUACAAACUAUACCACAGGGAGCUGCCCGAGUCCUAUAGAAACAUUACAUGAUAGCAAUACAUUUCACAUUUCAUUAUAUUAAUAAUUUAGAAUUAUUACUGUAGCGUUAUUUAGACCAUAUUAAAGUUAUCCGUGGACUUCUUUUUAGGUAAUUAUUAGAAAGUAAUUAUUUAUUCUCUAAUUAAGCUAUAGAGACAUAAAUUAUUUUUAAAGGUAAAUAUUGCUAUAAAUGUGCAUCAGAUUUGUCUUCCCUUACUCUGUAAAGCAAACAUAAGGU